AUGUGUCUGUUGGACCAAGAAGAAAAGGAGGCGAGAAAGUUGCCGGAAACAUCUCCGGCCACCCCAUUUUCGUCGACAGAUUCUGUAGCUGUUUUGGAGAAAUCACCAAGAGUGGGAGGAGAUCGAUCAAGAGGUGGACUCACCUUACUACCUGCAUGGGGACCCUAUUUCCCUGCUCCACCGGCCGUAGGAAUGCCAAUAUUGAUUGAGGACAGCGAGCCCGAGGAGGAUCCUACCGAGGAUCUGGAAGAGAUGGAACAUGAGCUUGAGGAGGAUCCUAUCGAGGAUCCGAAGGAUAUGGAACAGGAGCUCGAAGAAGAAAGGGAGCCCGAGGCAUACGAGUCCAUAGGAGAUGUGACCCCCAUGAAGGAAGAAGAACAUGUUGCGUCACCAACACCUCUCUCUUACUACUUAGGUUCAGGGAUACCUCGCAAUCGGAAACACACACAAAAGACCAUUCCCAUGUGUGGAGGCGUCAAGAAGAAGAAUCCUAGGAUGCGAGUCCACAGUUUUCCGAGUCUCACAGAGAACUUUCACCAGUACCAUGCUGCCCUUGUCGAGCCGGCACUAAACCCUAUGUCUGAAGCCUCUCGUGCGACUCAGGAGAGGAGGAUGCAAGAUCCUGCCUGGAUAACUGACGUUGUGAAUGAAUGGGUCCAAGACCAGGAAGGAACCCAUCGGUUCAAAGUAGGGUAA